GAAACUUUUUAAUGUGUGUAUAAAUUCACAAUGGCAUCCGAGGACAUCAAUUCUCAUACAACCGCUUCUUUGGAAGAGACUGGACAACCUGCCAGCAGUACUCUGCAACAAGAAAGUAAUACUAAGGAUGCAAAUUCAGCUAAGCCGCAGGCUCAAGUAAAUCGUACGAGUAAUCUGCAAAGGAUACAUCAACGCAAGCAGCAAACGUACAAUUGGCCACAAGAAAAGAAAUUGUUGAAGCUUGCAAAUUACAGUGCUUGUCAAACAGAGGAAUGCAAAUGUACAGGCUGGAAAAAUGCACAGCCACUUAUAAAAUCACCAAAGGGCGAGAUACAGCAGCCUGUUAUAAAUUUUUUUGACACAUGCAAGAUAUGUACUCAUCCCUUGGAAAAUCAUAUCAAACAUUUACCGGUUCAGUCUGAUGAGGAAAUCAAUCGAUUAUUGGGAAUGGCUAUUGAUGCUGACAAUAUUUUUGCAUGUACACACAGAGAAGUAGAUUCUGAUACUAAGAAAGUAUAUAUUUAUUUGUACAAAUUAUUGAGAAACUGUAUCUUGUCUAUGACAAAGCCAACUGUAGAAGGCCCAUUAGGGCAACCACCCUUUGAAAGACCUAACAUAGCGAAAGCAGUAAUGAAUUUUGUUUUGUAUAAAUUUAGUCAUUUGCCAUCGAGAGAAUGGCAGAUUAUGUACGACAUGGCAAAGAUGCUUUUACACUGCCUGAAUUUUUGGAAUUUUGAAGCACCCAGUGCCAGACGGUUAACAAUCAAUAUAGAUGAAGCUCCUGCUUAUAAAAUUAAUUAUACCCGCUGGCUCGUUUUUUGUCAUGUGCCUGCAUUUUGUGACUCCUUGCCACAUUACGACACUCCUUUGGUUUUUGGAAAAACCCUGUUACAAGCCGUGUUUAGAUCAGUUUGCAGACAGUUAAUGGAUAAGUGUAAUAAUGAAAGAGAUAAAAUUGCACCCGAGAAAAGAGUUUUAGUUUUAACACAUUUUCCUAAGUUUUUAUCAUCGUUAGAAGUGGAAAUUUAUUCCGACAAUUCUCCAAUUUGGGAUCCUGAAUUUAAACAAAUUCCACCUUCUCACUUUCAAACUGCCUUGGAAUCAAAAGCUCAUCAAGCAAGAAAAACGGGAGAAUUUGAAAAAGUUACUGUCACUCCAAAUGAAAAAGACAAUUUUACAACAAUAAAUAUUAGUCCUGGAAUUAAAAAGAUCCAGGAGAAACGUCCUAAUGCCGAGGGACGUCUUGAGGCAAAAAGGCGAAAAAAUGAAGAAACUUUCGAGGAUCUACCAGAUGAGACCAUUGCCGAAAUUGUUGCAUCUAUUAAUGACACUAAUUAUAUGUCUGGUUCUGACGCAGUAUUUCCACCAAACGUGCCACGAGACGAAACUGCUAAAAUAGAAGAAAGUAAAAAGAUAAUAGAAUUUCAUGUAGUCGGAAAUAGCCUGACACGGCCAGUGUCUAAGCAAACUAUGCUUUGGCUAAUAGGGCUGCAAGAUAUAUUCAGUCAUCAAUUACCAAAAACACCCAAAGAAUACAUUACUCAACUUGUUUUUGAUCCAAAGCAUAAAACAUUAGCUUUGAUAAAGGAUGGUAGUCCGAUUGGUGGGAUUUGCUUUUGUAUGUUUCCAAGUCAAGGGUUCACCGAAAUAGUGUUUUGCGCUGUUACGAGCCAUGAGCAAGUAAAAGGCUAUGGAACGCACUUAAUGAACAUGUUGAAAGAUUAUCAUAUUAAAAACAACAUACUGCAUUUUCUUACAUUCGCUGAUGAUUUUGCUAUUGGAUAUUUUAAGAAACAGGGAUUUAGCAAAGAUAUAAAACUGCCGAAGUCGGUGCACCAGGGGUACAUUAAAUAUUACGUGGGAGCGACAUUAAUGCAUUGUGAGCUAAAUCCAAAAAUUGUAUAUACUGAAUUUACGGCAGUUAUUAGGAAACAGAAGGAAAUAGUGAAAAAGCUGAUUCACCAGAGACAACAAGAAAUACAGAAAGUGCAUCCUGGCUUAACGUGUUUUAAGGAAGGUUUAAGGGGAAUCCCCAUCGAGUGUAUUCCAGGGAUUCAUGAAACUGGAUGGAAAAGUUGUUCUCAAACUAGAACAAGAGGUGUGGCGAAAGGAAUGCAAGGUCCAGAAUCAAUGGACACAAAUUUAGAGGUUCCAGAUUCUUUAUGUAAUACAUUAAAUGGUGUUCUGAAUAGUGUGAAAAAACACAGCACAGCGUGGCCUUUUUUGAAACCUGUAGAUAAAAAUGAUGUACCAGAUUAUUACGACCAUAUAAAAUAUCCUAUGGAUCUCAAGACGAUGCAUGAUCGCUUGAAUUCGGGAUACUAUGUAAUAAAGAGAUUGUUUAUAGCAGACAUGUUACGGAUUUUCAGUAACUGUAGAUUGUAUAAUAGUCCUAAUACUGAAUAUUACCGUUGUGCCAAUGCUUUGGAAAAAUACUUUCAAACACGUAUGAAAGAAGUCGGACUCUGGGAUAAGUAA